UUGCGUAGUAGGACUGACGGAUGGCGUAACGCGUGUUCGGGCCUGCGUCCUGCCAGCCGACCCCUCCCCACAGACAGACAGCAUCGCCGCCUCCCCUCUAUCACAUUCCGGGACACACGCCAGGCUGGAGUGACAGCUUCCCACUGUUUUCGGGAAAAAAAGCGAAGGGACGUACUUUUCUGCGUGAAGGUGGUGGAGAUUGGUUCAGAGUCAAGGUGAGAGGGCAUGAUCACGUGACUGAAUACGUUAACGUGUGGAGGAAGCAAAGAUGGAGCAAGGCGGGAAGAUGCAGCGGAGGAAGGGAGGUGCGCCAUCCGCCGCCCGGGCCGGCGCGCUGCUGCUGCUGGCUCUGCUCGGUAUCGUGUCUGGAGCCCCGAACCACAGUGAAUCCCGCCCGCCGCCCAACCCGCAGAGGCCGUGGCACGGUCAGCACGACCCGUACGCUCAGCACGACACGUCCGUGCACGAUCCAACCAUCCGUUCGUCCCACCAGAGCCCGCCCAUCGGCUACUCCGUGGACGACCCGCCGCCCCCGCCUCCUCCCGCCAGGAACGCGCAGGCUCCCAAGGAGAGGCCGAGGAGCUGGAAGGCGUCGGCGGGACCGCAGAACAACCAGGCGUCCGAGCCGGUGACGACGACGGUGCCGCCGCCGCGCGUCGUGCCCAACCAAUUCGGCGGGUCGUCGGACCAGACCGGCGGCGGAGGCCAGACCGGCGGACCAAGACAGACGGGUGGCCAGACCGGCGGCCAGGCGGGACAGAGCAGCGGACAGUCCGGACAGGCUGGAGGGACGCAGCGGCAUGUGCCGGUCAUCCUGGUGCCCACAGACCCGCCCGCCAGACAGACCGCCUCACAGAUCUAUGAAGCACAGGAGAAAACAUCGUCACAGACCGAGCCUCAAGGCCAAGGGCAGACUCAAGAUCAAUCUCCUGCUCAACAGAACCCAAAGCCGCCGCAGCCAGCGGUGCCCGUCCCUCGGGCGACCCCCCUCCCCCUGCCGGCGCCGUCCCCGACCCCCACCCUGCCCCCGCGGUCCGGAGGCAUCUUUAAGGGAGACUACGUGGUGAAGGACCAGAACGGGUCCAUCUGUGUGCGGGGAUCCUUCAACGCCAGGCUCAGCAUCUGGUACCAGUCCAAGCGCGGAGGAAAGCGGACGGUUGACCAGGCGGCCCUGGAGCUGCCCCAGAGGCCUGUCAUCACGGGGAGGUGCGGCACGGACAAGGAGCCGGCCGUCAUGGACCUGCGCUGGAGUAAGGGCCGCUACAGACUCAAGCUCUUCUUCUCCGUGAGCACAAACGGCAGCAAGACGUCGUGGCUGGUCUCAGGCGUGCACUUCAAGUACGACACCAACGACGCCAGCUUCGUCAAGCCUCUGUCCACCGGCCCCCACACUGUUAUGAGUGCCCCCGGCACCGACAUCUUCUCGGCACCGAUCAGCCACUCGUACAAGUGCUCCAGCCGGCUGCAGGUGGACAUGACAGCGCCGGACGGGGAGGAGGCCACGCUGGUCCUGCAGGACACGCAGAUACAGCCCUUCCACCUGGGCAAGAACGGAAACUACGGCACAAGACGAGAGUGUGGUGCUGACCACUACGGUGACGUCAUCCCGCUGGCGGUGGGGCUGGGGCUGGGCGCGCUCAUCCUCCUUAUGAUUGUGGCCUACUACUUCCACAGACGCUACCAGGGACCCCCCUACGAGAACAUGUGAAGAAAACCAAGAAUAACGCUCGUCUCUGCGAGGCGGUUUGAAUUGCAGACAGAUGUCCCCCCGUAACGAGGUGGUAUGGCCACAACUCGCUUUUCACAGUGUUUAUCCCAGCCCGUAAAGGGAGAUGUUCCUGUUGUCAAUCCGCGAUUCCUCGUGGAAGUGUAGUUAUGGUUUAUGUGGCACAGUCAUUGCGAGGAUGGGUUUUGUAUUCUUACCUAAAAAUGACAGUACUUUACACAGAGUUUAUUUCAUAGUGUCUUUGGCAAGGAGAGAAAACCGGUUGCCAUUUCUCAUGCAUUACUACAGAACACUAACUGAUGAUCUUGCAGUGUUUGUUCUGCAAUAGCGAAUUCGAUGAUCGAUACACUUAGUUACCAACUGUCCUCAAAAAUUUUUAUUUCUUUCAUCUAAUAUACACGAGCAAAAGAACUGAAUAGUUUUAGUAUAAGAACGAUGUUGACAUUUCUGACGUAUUUCUGUAGGAUAUACGCAGAAAAGACGGUAGAUAGGUUACGGGUGCGAGCUAGGAACUUCCCGUACAAGAUGCCGUGAAAAUAUAACAUGUAGAUCCACCUCAGUUGAUGACGUAUCUUGGGUCAGGCUACAGCUGAGACAUAAAGGGUCAGAGGAAAUGUGCAAGAUUAAUAAGCUGUUACCGGAAAUUGCAAAUAUCAAUGUUUACGGACCAGUGCAAGUGGGAGUUCAGCACCAGGGACAGGGGUUUUCUCUAAUACGGGCAUGCACGACGAACAUGAGAGGUAGGAAGUUGUGACGUCAUCAUGGCAGUCUCGAAUAUCGUUCUCUCAGAAACAGGCCACUUGAUCUAUUUUAGAAGGUGACAGUUGUAACAGACUAUUCAGGAAAGGCCUAGUCUCUAUCAGACUCCUUGGGUUGAAGGAAAAAAAAUAGCAGAAAAUGGCCAUAUGGGCUGAAUAAUUUUCCGGAGGAAUUAGUCUACUAAAAUCCAACAUAGGUUACGAGGUUUUGAUUGCAAAUGUGAAAGCAAAUCCCUGGAACCAGGGCCAAAGCAAAUGUGUGACUUGUUUGUGAUCAAACUCUUUAAUAGGGAAAAUUAUUCACCCCAUUCAGCCAACUUUGGCUUUUAUUGGAGCAACCAAAGAAGUCUGGUGAACACUAGGCAGGACUUACGCCGCCUGGCGAGUUGGGUACAGAUAUCUAAGACAACGCAUCAUUACAUGGCUGGAGCCAAGCACUGUUAUAGAGGAUCGCCCGUGUACAUAUAUUAAUAUAGUGUGAUAUUAAAGGGAAAAUAACUUAUAAUAGAUAUUAUUUGUGAUGUAAUAUUGGGACCCGUGUAUCAAUGAGGAAAGCAUGACGUUUCUAUGUCCCGUUCUCUUUGAUAUCGUUCGUGCAUACGUUGUAUAUCGUCAGUUUUGACUCCGCUUGGUUGUGUAUAGCACACAUAUAGCUGAAGACCUGAAAAGCUGGAAGACCUUGCACACAUUAAAGAUUCCAUGGGAAAAUUUUAAAAGAUCAGAGCUGUUCAUACAAUAAUACCUCAACAGGAGGAAGCCUGACUGUUGGUGAAGUCAACUGUUCAAUUACGAAAAAAAUAGAAACAAUAUUGAUAAAGCUUCUUAGAUAUUUCUUGAUGACAAUCUUUGCUGUGGAAUCUUUCUUGUACAAAAGCUACUUGAAUUAGACGAAAGGGUGCCAAGUUCUCUGUAUAUUAGAUACAUUAAAUGUGUAGAUUUUAACCGAACUGCUACCUGACCUAAUCUGGGUUCUUACCUAACUACGUAGAUGGUAGGACCACGUGUAGGAGGAUGCAAUACUGUAGUGUAAUAUAACAUUGUGGGAAAAACUGCAUGUCCAAGAGAUAGCCGUAUGAUGCAGAUUACGUGUGAAGAAAAAUCCUUUAUUUUGACAUCUAAAAAGUGAAACAUUUGCAGGAAAAAAUGUCAAACUAAGAAUCUAAGCUACAGUGUAUCUAUUCCUUUGAUAUAACCAUGAUAGUGAUUGUUGCCGAGUGCUGCAGUGCAUGUUAGUGACCGACAGGGGACGUAAGUGUUCUGUUGCAUUGACGGCGUAUUUUACUGUGUAUUUGGUGAGGCUGUAUGAAUCAAAGAACCUUUCAUGUAUAGAGUAAGUAUAUCAGUCCGUCAUUGAUUUGUGUACUACCAGAAGGCAUGGGACCAGCGUGAUCACUGUUAGGGACUUGACGUGCAUGACCUUCUGUACUGUUUUAUACAAACUAUCACAAGGGAUGGGACAAGCAAAAGUGCAAUAUCUACAUAAUGGUGUAUAUCAACAUCUGUGGAACUUCAUGGGUGAAACAACGCCAAUUUAACAAGAAAAAUAGAUUUUUGGGCAUCUUGGCCAGAGCCAGAAACAAAGUUCCAGUCAUACUAGAAACUAUUCUACUCAGAAUAGGCAAAAAAAUUCCCAAGAUUUUGGUCAUGAAUUUGGUUGCAAAUUAAACCAAGAUUUGUCUUGCUCUAUACAGAGCAGAGUACACUAAAAUGGUCCUGGCAAUGGCUUGCAAAAUUCCAUUUCAAAAUGACUUUUCUCCAAAAUGUCAACAGAAACACCUUUUAACGUAGAGAUUUUCAAAGGCCAGACUCCCUUCCCAACCCAUGAAGGCUCCCAGACUCUCCUGUAAGAGAUAAUGUACUCAUAUUUACACCUGGCAAAUACUUGUGAUGCGUAUGAACUAUGUCUGUAUGAGAGGAAAAAAAAUGACACAACUUUGGUGUGAAAAGAGUGUUUCUUUAUUCUCUACAAACCUGUCAGACUGGGAGGGGGAGAGGUGCGCUUGUUUAUGAGAAGCACUGAUAGGAUCUUCUCCAUCUCUGAAACGAAGAACCUUCCCCAGUAGUGGCUAAUGCUACCCAAGGUUCAUGUAGUAGUAGUAGUAGUGUACAAUGUCGCUAUGUAAAAGUAUUGUCUAUUUGUUUAUACAAAGGGAAGCCACGGCAGUUUAGGUGACACGUUUACGAUACAUCUGUACACCUUGUCCUAAAGAGACACUACCAUUUUCCCUGUUUGUCAGGUAUCCCUUCUCUACAUUUGCGUCGGCUGGUGCACUUGAUAACACUUGAUGCCUCUAUCAAACCUCUACCCUCCCAUCACAGUUAGAAUUCUACAUACAACUAGACGUUAUGCAGUCUGUUUGACAAGCAUUAUCUUGUUUCCAGUAUCUGGCAGAAAAAGACAUUUGUUCCAAGUAUUUCUAAGGAACAUUUCUACAGAUAUGUACAUUAAGUGAACAUGGAGUAGUGCUAAAAUGUGAAUAGGAAAGGCUUAAAAUCAUGACAUCACAUUUAAACAAGGACUAAAAA